AUGCUGUGCUCGCAAUCUCGCCUGGUCCGACAGAGGAUCGUUGCCGAAGUGGAUUUCACUUGCCGCGAAUUGCGCGGACUCACCGUGUUCGAGUUCCAUGAAAGGGACGUUGGCGAGAACGAGGGCCACGAGGUUCUGGUGCACUUCCCGGCACAUAGCGGAAGUUGCAGGGCCAGAAUUUGCUGUUCGCAUCGGUCCGCUUGUCCUCCAAAGGCAGAGGACGAGGCUGAACUGAAGGAGCACAAAGUUUGCUCUUCCUGGAAGUCUGCAGCAGACGACUGCGACACAGAGCCCUUGGCAUCAUUGGCCAAGAUCGGGGCCCCGAGCUGGACCGAAGUGGACUCUGACGAGAAUGCUGUGCAAGUGUCAGGUCUGGAAGAUCUGCUGAGCUGGCAGACGGGUUCAGUGCAGGUGCUUGCCCUUCAUCUUGGUGGCAUCCUUGAUUUCGCAAGCGAAGACUUGGACGAGACGCUGACAUCUGUUGAGAUUGCGGUCCAAUGGGUCAUCGAAGGCCAGUGGCUGCGACCGGAAACUUGCUGCAAUCACUUUAUCCGCCUUCCGGUCCAUCCACGCGAUGCAGGUGGUGUCUCGGACGGAAUCGGUGGCAGCGGUGAGGGGGAAACUUCUGCCGACAUGGACUUUUUCUUGGCAGGCCAUAUGCGCAGCUGCCCCUCCUGGUUUCCGACCUGUGAAUUGAAGGAGAAGCGCGGGCAGCCGCCCUGCCCGAUGGAGCUGCAUCUGAGCGUCCGAAGUCGACGAAGUCUCCAGGCCGUGACUUCGGGCCGCCUUGUUGAAUCUGUGGCUUCAAAGGACGAUGUCACCUGCUUCAAGUACCUCGAGGCGUGUCCUUUGGCUCCACAUGACGUUCCACUCGUUGUCGGGCCCCUUGCCGAGGAGGUCUAUGACAAAGGCCGGCUCAUGGCACCUCUCGGCUUCCAGGCCUUGCUUCCACAAGCAGCACGUGGCGCAGGCGCUACACUGCGAGGCGUGGAGGAGGCGCUCAGUCGCGCUUUGCCGCUGGCUGCUUGCACCUCGCUAUUUCUGCCGUUGCCGCAUCUGCGACCGGCAGCAGCCCCAAGGCUUGCUGAUGCGAAGUCUCUGGGCAAAGCUGCGGCCAGCUGGGAUGCCAGGCCCUUUGGCUCGAGCCUGCCAUGUUUCGACAUCCACGGUGGCAUCCACUUCUUCGACUUGUCGCUCUUGACCAGUUCAUGCCCAACGCUGUGCUCCGCCGUGCUGAGACCGUUGCAGGCGUAUGCCUUCGCCACUGCUUGGUUCGGCAUCUCUGUGCGACUCGAAGCGGACGAGCAUGCCUGGCUUUUUCACGGCUUGUGCCGGCUGUUGUCAGACAGCUCCCUGAUCCACACAUGGCCCAGCGGCUUGGCAGAAGCCGAGAUCGCUGCCAAACUCCGGGAGGAAGGUCAGCUUUGGCACGCCCAAGUCGAGGCUGGUCGAGACGAGCAGCCGCUGGCUGUCGCCAACGCUGUCAAAGAGCCGACCCCCUUCUCCCCAGGUAGCUUCGCGCAACUUCUGGGACCUGUGCGGGAGCUGAAGGCCUACUUGGCAUGCCACGAGUUGUGCAGGAGGCUGGACUGGGACAACUUCCACAUCAGGCUGGCUGCCAUCUGGGGGAAAACGGCCACGCGAUGCCUGACCACCACGCAAUUCCUCGAGCUGGUUGGGGGCGUGGAUAAGGACUUCGCUUCGCAGUGGAUCUACGGGCUGGGCUGUCCUGUCGUCCGUGUGGGCUGGUUCUACAACCAGGCGCUUCAUCGGUUGGAGCUGUCAGCAUCACAGCUGCCUCUGGAGCCGACACCGCUCCAGAAGCCACCGCCUCUCAGCCACCUCACGAGACGGGCCGGCAAGACGGGAGUGGGCUUUGGCUAUCUUGGCCAUGCUUCUACAGCUGCUGCAGCCCAGGUGAGCAGCGAUCCACGAGAAGCUCAGAAGGUGCCGUUCAAGUACUGGACCGGAACGCUGGUGCUGGACAUCUAUGGAAGGGGCUCCCAAACUCCCGGACGGGUCGAGAUCGAGCUUACCAGUCCAGAUGAAGUUCGCACAACCUCCCUGCUACCGCCCGGAGUGGACCAACCGGCGCUGGGGCGCCAGGAAGCUGAGCUGCCUUCCGGCCUGGCUUUCCUGGUCGUGGGGCCACAGAGGACUCAGUGGCCCCUCGUGCGGCUUGAGAUCGCCCAGCCACUGGAGUUUUGGGAAGGCAUGCUGCGGAGCUCCGCAGCACCUGCUGCUGAGGCAGAUGCAGCCAAGGCAAUCGGAGAUCUGCUGGAAGCUGGCCAGCUCCCAACUGGCGCUGCAAUGUCAACUCUGUUACAGGCCUUGUCGAUCCCUUUGAAGGAUGAGGGCUGGCAUGAGAUUACCUGCGUGGAGUGUGCGCUGACGCUGUGUCGAUGGGCCUCGAAGUUGCAGAAGGGAAGCGCGCUUCGCAGUUCUCUCUUCAGGCCACUCCAUGAGUUCUUCAAAAGCAGCCGGGCGGCGUGGCAAGCCGACACAGGCAUGGCUCGUGUGCGGAUGCAAGUGGCGAGGUGCCUUCAAGGCCGCACCUUCCGCGCUCUUGAAUUAUGGCGCCACUGCCUUCCUUUGGAGCUUUGCUACGAGUCAUCUCGAGAGGACCCGCUGAGCAUCGCGUGCCUCGAGAUCCAACGCGAUGUGCCACACAAUUCUCGAUCCGAUGUGUCGGGUGCGAUUGUCAAGCGCCUGCGACUGGAAUCGGCCCUUCCCUCAGAAGGGCAUCACUUGGCGGCCGCCGCCAUCCGCAUUUUGCUGGCCCUCUGCGCUCGUGGUCAGGCUGAAGCUGCUCAACCCUGGGAUGACUUCCUCGUCGAGGUGCCCAGCAACAAAGGGCCAAGUCCCCUGCGCUCUGCCUAUGCGAAGGCUUGGGGUGUCCUGGGCCCGGCUCCGAGCUACCUCGAGGCCUUUGCAGAAGCUCCGAGUGGAGGCUUUCGAUGGAGUCGCGCAGUCCGGCGGGAGGCUUGUGCGGCAACUUGCCAGUGCGCGGAGGCCGGGGAAGCCCUGGAGGCGCUGUCGCGGGUGCUUGAUGGCGAUUCAUCGGACGCCGGAGGUGAACAGCUGCAGCGAGCAGUCUGGGCAGGGGAGGCCUCGCAUGGCCUGGCUGGAAGCUUUGGUGAAGCUCCAUGCAGUGUUGCUUCGCUCACCGCCCGGCAGCCAAUUGACGACUUCGGAGUCGGCUUCGAGGCAGAAGUGGCAGAAACUGCGGAAGCAGCUGAUGGAGGUUGCUCGCUGCGCUGCGACCCACUCUUGCCCUUUGUCGACGUGGCCCGGCCUGGUAUGAUCACGGCGAAAGGCGAGGCGAGCCAGAACUCGCAGAAGGCAAGACGAAAGGCACCCGCCGAGGGAGCCUUCUGGAAAACGCCAGGUCUCUUUGCUGACAUUGAGCCCUCUCAUCCACAGCAUGCCACCAUCGCCGCCUUGAAGACGCCACCGGCCAAAGCAGCCAGGGUUGGGGACCACGGCGAAGCCACGCGCGCAGUGACUCUGUGA